GAAUUUGGAAUAGAAAUAGAAAUAGAAAGAUGCACUGAGUUUUCUUUAUCUUUCGCUGCAAAGAAAGGAGUGUACGCUGUUUUUGUUUUUCCUGAUUUCAUUUCUGAUUAUCGGCCGGCUUCAGGUAUUUCUUUUGAGAGAUUGGGUCUGGGAGUAAUUUUUACCUGUUGAGAUGGCAUCGGCUUCUCUUAUCUGUGAAACUCAGCCAUGGAAGAGUUUGAAGGUUCAUGUUGAAGAAAUUAAGAAGACUCAUUUGCGUGAAUUGAUGGGCGACAAAGAACGUUGCCAGUCCAUGAUGGUCGAGUUCGAUGGAAUGUUAUUGGAUUACUCAAGGCAAUGUGCCACUCUUGACACAUUGAAUAAGCUCAAGACUUUAUCAGAGGCAGCACAGUUGAAAGAGAAGAUAAACAGGAUGUUCAAUGGAGAGCGUAUAAACAGUACAGAGAAUCGAUCUGUCCUUCAUGUAGCACUUCGUGCUCCAAGGGAUUCAGUCAUAAAUAGCGAUGGGAAGAAUGUGGUCCCAGAUGUUUGGCAAGUUCUUGAUAAGAUCAAGGAUUUUUCCGAGAGGGUCCGCAGCGGUGCAUGGGUUGGUGCCACCGGAAAAGUCUUGAAAGAUGUUAUUGCAAUUGGAAUUGGGGGCAGUUUCCUUGGUCCUCUUUUUGUCCAUACAGCACUGCAAACAGACUCUGAAGCUGCUAAAUUUGCAAGUGGCCGCCAGCUGCGAUUCCUUGCAAAUGUUGACCCAAUAGACGUUGCAAGAAACAUUGCUGGGUUGAAUCCUGAAACCACAUUGGUUGUUGUCGUUUCAAAAACUUUCACGACAGCUGAAACAAUGUUGAAUGCUCGAACUAUAAGGGAGUGGAUCUCGGCCGCCUUGGGGCCUCAAGCAGUGGCAAAGCACAUGGUUGCAGUCAGCACUAACCUCACGCUUGUAGAAAAGUUUGGAAUUGAUCCAAAUAAUGCCUUUGCAUUCUGGGAUUGGGUUGGAGGACGGUAUAGUGUUUGCAGUGCUGUUGGAGUCUUGCCGCUUUCUCUGCAAUAUGGUUUUGCAGUUGUUGAAAAGUUCCUAAAUGGAGCUGCAAGUAUUGAUCAACAUUUCCACUCAGCACCUUUUGAGAAAAAUAUUCCUGUGCUACUAGGAUUGUUGAGUGUCUGGAACGUUUCUUUCCUUGGAUAUCCUGCUAGAGCUAUUUUACCUUACUCUCAAGCACUGGAAAAAUUUGCACCCCAUAUCCAGCAGGUUAGCAUGGAGAGCAAUGGAAAAGGUGUCUCAAUUGAUGGUGUGCCUCUUCCGUAUGAGGCAGGUGAAAUUGACUUUGGGGAACCUGGAACAAAUGGACAACACAGUUUUUACCAACUAAUUCAUCAGGGUCGGGUUAUCCCAUGUGAUUUUAUUGGUGUGGUGAAGAGUCAGCAACCUGUUUACCUCAAAGGUGAAUUGGUCAGUAACCAUGAUGAGCUCAUGUCUAACUUCUUUGCCCAACCAGAUGCACUUGCUUAUGGGAAGACUCCAGAACAGUUGUUACACGAGAAUGUUCCUCCAAAUCUCAUUACCCACAAGACUUUCUCUGGCAAUCGACCAUCCCUCAGCCUGCUACUUCCUUCUCUGAAUGCUUACAACAUUGGACAGUUGCUAGCUAUUUACGAGCACAGAAUUGCUGUUGAAGGAUUUGUUUGGGGCAUCAAUUCUUUUGAUCAAUGGGGAGUGGAACUUGGAAAGUCACUGGCUACUCAAGUCAGAAAGCAACUUCAUGCAUCUCGCAAAAAGGGCGAAUCUUUGGAGGGAUUCAACUUCAGCACUACAUUGUUGUUGGCGAGGUAUCUAGAGGCAAGCAAAGAUGUUCCAGCAGAAGAUUGCACCAUCUUACCAAAAAUGUAAGGUCAGGUCCCCAACUUAGGUUUUGUUUGUUUGGUUCUUUUCACAUGUACCAUUGCCCUCAAAUAAGCAUGGCUGGCUGGCUGGCUAAGUUUUCAAUAUCCAUUACCAUUAUAUCUAUCUCUUCUUGUACCCAUGAAAUGUUCAUGGCAAUUUUCAUGACACAAAUAAAACAUUCUGGCUGGUGUUGAAAGAAUGAAAAUCCAACUUUACUCAAA